AGUGAUUUUGCCACCACAUUACAUUUGUUUCUACAGGAAUUGUUGAAGUUCGAUAAAAAACAACUUCGUGUCGUUUUAAACAAACUUAAAAACGAUAAGUUUCUCAAAUCUCGGUCUUAUGUUGAAACUCAGGAGGAUGGAAAAGUAACAAAGCAGAAUUAUUAUUACAUCAAUUAUCGCACGGUGGCCAACGUUAUAAAAUAUAAAUUACACCACAUGCACAAACGAAUAGAGACGCGCGAGAGAGAUUCAAACAACCGUCCUUCCUUCAAAUGUCCAACAUGUGGGAACACUUACAGUGACUUGGAGGUCAACCAACUAAUCGAUCCAAUGUUUGGUACUUUAAACUGUGUUUAUUGCAAGACUGAGGUGUUGGAGGACAAGGAAUCUGCGUCGAACCAGGACGCUCGUACUUCACAGGCCCGGUUCAACCAGCAGAUGGAGCCGUUGUACAAAAUGUUAAAAGAAGUCGAAAACAUAACGUUAUCGCAAGAUAUACUGGAACCUAAACCUACAUUGAUACCACAACUUCAUCCAAAUGCACCGAAGGCCCGAGCAUCGAAACCACGAAGCGGGGAGGAUUGGUCAUCUACGCGUUCCGAUCUUAAUAUUGAUUACAAACAAGAAGUUAUCAUUGAUAUGGGGGGUGGGGGGAAAGUGGAAGAAGAGAAAAAGGAGAUGCCACGCUGGUUGACAGAAAGUACGGUCACCGGGGAUUCUAUCCAAUCAUAUUCAAACAAUGGAAACGAAGCGCCACGAUUGGACGAUACAGAUUCAAAAUCAACCAAUAACGAAGUGCUACAGACGCUCAUUGUCCAAGAAAGGUCAAAGGUCACGGCAGCUCCAAGUUACCAUGACAACCAUGAUGAUGCAAGCGAGUCAGAUGAGUUUGAUGAUGUCACUGAUGAUGCGGUUGUCAUGGUAGCAGGGAAACAAUAUAGUUACCAUGAGGUCGCCAACCAGGGGGGGGCAUUGGUGGAGUUGAUGACGGAGGCUGAGAAAGACGAAUAUAUAAGGAUUGGACAACAAGUGUACGAAGCUAUGGAAGAUUAAGUUUGUGUCAUACUCCUCUGUUAAUAGGAAUGACUGGGGAUGAAACUUUUGUAUUAUAGAAACUAUGGGGUGAAAUGGAACACCUUUACCACAUAAUUAACAAUGGUCCUAGGACUUCACAUAUUCUUUGUUAACUCCAAAAGUUCAUUGAAAAGGUGUCCCAUCUCCUCCCCAUCCUACAAUAAACGCCUCACAAACACUGGCCAAUAUUUAUCUUUCAUGAUGUGCAGUGAAUAAAUGAAAUAUUGCAACAAA